AUGCGAAGCAAUGUUACUAUGGGCUUAACAACCUUGAGUGCUUUUUGCUUGUUAUUGAUACCCGAUAUUAUGAUACAAUUCAACAUACCAAACGAUAGUAACGGAACAAAGCUGUUUUUAUAUUCGCUCAUGCUAAAUAAGACUAUGGUCAAUUUCUUUAUUUUUAUUAUACGACAUCGUGAACUUCGCGGAAUGAUCGUUAUUGGCGCCACCUCAUCGAUGAGUCACCCUCUUAAGUGA